AAUUAUAGGUUUGUACAUAUUACCCACUUAUCUGAUGCAUACGGAACUGAGAAGUUUCGAACUUCACCGAAGUGAACAAAUGAUAAAGUGUAAACAUUAAUUGUGAGCCCUAAACAUUUUUUUUUCUGCUACAGCUUCUAGCAUCCCUCAAAAGAUCAAGUUCAUUUGUUGUAUGGAGUUGUAGAUAAUUUCAGAUCUUUUUACCGAACAGUUGGCUGCAACUUGGGAAUUGUGCCUGAAGCAGGUUCUGAAUCUUUAUAACAGCAUUUUCAAUUUAUGGUUCUCCCCCCACAAGAACUACUACACCGCCGCAGAUUAGCAACUCCAGGUUCUGUUCAAAAUAAUGCAAUGUUUGACUAGUUCCGCACUCUCUCACGCAAACACUGCCUUACACACACAGUAGGGGGCGGGCAGGAAACUGCAAUUCCUUCCCAGGAGAGACACUCACACCCACAGAGAAAAACACGAGGGUGAGAUAGAGGGUUGCAGUUUACGGACGAUACUACUAAUAUUUGGUUUGUCAGAAAGGAGGCGGCGCGGAGAAUACCAGAUUUCCUCAUAUCAGAGGGUCAGGCUUUGCCAAGAAGUGCUUGUUGAAGAUACAACUUAAAUAGCAUGGUUGGUUAAAUGGAUAACUUACAGGGUGAGCUUGUAUCCUUUCCUGCAAGCCAGCAGGAGUGCAGAAUAUCUGCAAAGAUACCAGUCUCUCCAAGUGAAGGCAUAGAAGGACACUGCUUUAAAGUGGAGGAAGAUUAUGAAGAACCUGCUUUACAAUCUGGCACUCCCCCAUUCUUCACUAAACAGGAUUAUGAAUCUCCCCCUCAGGAUACUAAUGACUUAUGCGAACUUCAGGCUGACUCUUCUGGGUCUGGCAGAAAAGAGGAAAAUCUGCAGCUAAGCAAAACAGUGAGAGAUGCUAUGCCUGCCCUAGAGAAGUUGCUGUCUAAUGACUGGAGGGAAAUACUUCUAGGUAAUUCUGCUGUAGAAAUCAAAGAUUCAAAGGGUACCAAGGAAAGCCUGGCUGAGAAGGAGCUGCAGUUGCUUUUUAUGAUUCACCAAUUGACAAGAUUGAGAGAUCAGUUGCUCAGUGCACAUUCUGAGCACAGAAAUAUGGCAGCUAUGCUAUUUGAAAAACAGCAGCAGCAGAUGGAGUUGGCAAGGCAGCAACAGGAGCAGAUAGUGAAACAACAACAACAGCUGAUCCAGCAACAGCACAAGAUUAAUCUGUUACAGCAACAGAUUCAGCACGUAAACAUGCCAUAUGUGAUGAUUCCUGCCUUUCCCCCUGCUCAGACUGUAACAGCAGAUCCCCAGAUGUCACUUCCUAUACAGCCUAUUCCAUGCAAACCUGUGGAAUACCCAAUGUCACUUCUUCACAACUCCACAACAAGAGGCUCUGUAUCUGCCAAACGCCAGGAAACAUCCCAGCCUCUAAAUUUAACAGCGAAACCCACUGACCAGGUUCCCAACUCCAGAAGCUCUCCUAAAUACAGAAUGUCCCCAGUGGGCAGUCAAGGUGGCAGUAGCAUGGAUUCUGCAUCUAGCCCCCAGAAAGCCAAUUUACCACUGGGUUUUCUAGGAGAAGGGGAUGCCAUAACUAAAGCAAUUCAGGAAGCAUGUCAGCUGCUUCAUGGGCAGAACACAUCCCCAGAACAUCAUCAACAAAAGUACAGAAAGGAGCUUUUGGACACCCUGCCAGAGAAGGAGGUCCAGGAUGGGGCUUCUCUACAGCACACAGAAGAAUCUGUUUUAGGAUGCAACAUGGACAUAGAUGGAUCUCGUGGUAGUCAUAUUAAACGCCCCAUGAAUGCGUUUAUGGUAUGGGCAAAAGAUGAGAGGCGGAAGAUCCUGCAAGCAUUUCCUGACAUGCAUAAUUCUAGCAUCAGUAAGAUUUUAGGGUCUCGUUGGAAAUCUAUGAGUAACGCUGAGAAGCAGCCCUAUUAUGAGGAGCAAGCAAGGCUUAGUCGCCAACACUUGGAGAGAUAUCCAGACUAUAAGUACAAGCCACGCCCCAAACGCACUUGCAUUGUCGAGGGAAAGAGACUACGUGUGGGAGAGUACAAAGCUCUUAUGAAGAACCGCAGGCAAGACACAAGGCAAGGAUAUGUUAUUACGUCUAUAGGAGCUCUACAAUGUCCCCCUUCACCAUCUGGAUUCUCAUCACAGUCUUUGUUGGACAAUCUGUCACAGCUUCCUUCUUCUGACCACUACAAUCCCCAGGACUGUAACAUUCAAGUUGUUAAAAGUCAUCUUCUGGUGUCCCAUGAACCCCAUGGUGCAAUCCCUAUGGCCAAAGAUAUCUGUAGUGACUCUGAAGAUUCUGGAAAGAGUGAUGGGGAAUUGGUGGUAAUCACAGACUGAGGAAAAGAAAGAAAAAUCAGCAUUUAUCCUGUCACAAUUUAUACCUGUUUAUUAUUUCACACAUUAAAAGUCUACACUUGCACAUCAUCUCUGGAGGAUUUUUUUCAACUUGAAGAAGAAACUUGAAAGGAGUAAAAGCACUGUAUCUUAACAUAUAGGCAUUUUUUUUUUAAAGACAAUGAAAAAUGUAUCUAAGUUGAAGGAUUUUGUUAGAAUUCACAAAAAGCAGCAAUUUUACAAUGAAACAAGUAUAUUUUUUUUACUGUACAAGAAUUAUAGCCUCUGAUGUCGUCUGUUCACAUGUCCCAGAUCUGAUAUGACAGAAAUAAAAGUGACAUUAUGCCCUGCAUGCUUGCAUUUUGUUGGCCACCAUAUGCAUUUCUGAUGCAUCAGAGCUGGGAGAUGUGAAUGGAAGCUAUAACUUUUAGAAAGUAAACAAAAACAGUAAUACACCUGUCCACAAAAUUGCUGGUAUUUAUUCCCUUUAUGUUAAGAAGCAGGGAUUCUGUACGGCAUAGAGCUUAUAUGUUUUAACAUCUGUAGUACAGCAAGCUGCAGCUGGAUGACCGACAUCCUUUAAAGGUCUGUAACAAAAGUGCUGUUACAAUACAUCACCAAGCAUCACCAUGCUACUAGGCUAAUGUCACACAUUUUAAGUGUUAACUAAUGGUAAACUAGUAAGGUCUGUAUCACAUGGAAACUUGAUAAAAAAUAUUAUCUACAAUAUUACAAAGACAGUGAUGUGCAACAAUAUGCAAGCAGUGGGACAACCACUUGCCAUUCUGCAUGUUCUAAGGUCAGUUUAUGUAAAAAUGAUUUUCAUAAAAUGAUGUCUGUGUAGACCUUACAGAGGAUGGUGGUCAUAAAAGUUUCUUGGAUGGUGACACCCAGUCAGUGGGCCAGUUCGACAGCCCUAUUUUAAAGUAUACCAAUAAUCUAUCUGCAUAAUAGGAGUAUAGGUUUUGAUUACCUUUAUAGGAUUGGAUCUUUUUUGGAAUAAAAGAAGCCAUGUUUGUUGCCUACUUUAGUGAAUGUCAAAACUCAGAUGAACAGUCAUCUUUUUAUACCCCAAAGUGCCUUAUUGUAUAGAUGGAAAAGGAUAAGGCUGCCUCUUUAUCUGCAUACCUCAUAGAAAAGAUACAUACUCACUUGUAAGUAUGUAUUUUUUUAUUUUGUAAACAUGGAAAGGUCAUUUUUAACUUUUUUUUUAAUCAGAGUGUAACUUAAGCCAGAAUUAUUUUCCUGUGCCCUAAAUCUUUAUUGAGGAAGGAAGAAAAUAAACUGUUCAUUUUAUGUGA